AUGACUUCUCGGGCCCAGCUAGUGCAGCAGGUGCUGCGGGACCUGCAGGAGGCAGUGGAGUCCGAGGGCCUGGAGGGUCUCCUCAGCGCCGCCCUGGAGGCCAAGCAGGUCCUAGCUACCUUCAGCCUCCCGGUCUGCCAGAAGGGUGGUCCUGGGCCCCAGGUGCUGGAGGUGGACUCGGUGGCCCUGAGCCUGUACCCCGAGGAUGCCCCUCGGAACAUGCUGCCCAUGGUGUGCAAGGGCGAGGGCAGCCUGCUGUUCGAAGCAGCCAGCAUGCUGUUGUGGGGCCACACCGGCCUCAGCCUGGAGCUGCGGGCCCGCACCGUGGUGGAGAUGCUGCUGCACAGGCGCUACUAUCUCCAGGGCAUGAUCGACUCCAAGGUGAUGCUGCAGGCCGUGCGCUACUCCCUGUGCUCCGAGGAGUCCCCCGAGAUGACCAACCUGUCCUCUGCCACCCUGGAGGCCAUCUUCGAUGCCGACGUCAAGGCCACGUGCUUCCCUACCAGCUUCUCCAAUGUGUGGCACCUGUACGCCCUUGCCUCCAUCCUUCAGCGCAACAUCUACUCCAUCUACCCCAUGCGCAACGUCAAGAUCCGGCCCUAUUUUAACCGGGUCAUCAGGCCUCGCCGCUGCACCCACGUGACCCCCAUGCUGCACAUCAUGUGGGCCGGCCAGCCCCUCACUAGCCACCUCUUCCGUCACCAGUAUUUUGCCCCCGUGGUUGGCCUGGAGGAGGUGGAGGCUGACGGCGCCGCCAGCCUCGGCCCCGCCCCUCCUGCCCUGCUGCCACCAACCAAAACCCUGGAGCUGCUCAACCGCGAGCCGGGCCUCAGCUACUCCCACCUCUGCGAGCGCUCCAGCAUCACCAAGAGCACCUUCUACCGCUGGCGGCGGCAGACCCAGGAGCACCGGCAGAAGGUGGCCACCCGCUUCUCGGCCAAGCACUUUCUGCAGGACAGCUUCCACCGCGGGGGCCUGGUGCCGCUGCAGGAGUUCCUGCAGAGGUUCCCUGACAUCUCCCGGUCUACCUACUACGCCUGGAAGCACGAGCUGCUGGGCUCGGGUGCCUGCUCGGCUCCGGUCCCGGGCGCCCCACCCAGGGAGUCACUGGCCAUGCCAGAGGUGGAGAGGCCGCCGGGGAAGAGGGAUGCCGAGCGCUCCCCACCGCCUGCCGCGGUGCCCAGCCCCACUGUGGUCUCCAUGCAGCGCGCCAAGUCGUACCUGGAGCAUUGCAUCUCCCUGAACAAAGUGGUACCCUAUCGCUGCUUCAAAUGCAAGUUCCCCGGCAUCUCGAGGUCCACCUACUACAACUGGAGGCGGAAGGCCCUCAGGAGGAGCUCCGGUUUCAAGCUCUUCCCAGUCCUUGCCACUGCCGGGUCUCUCCAGCCAACAGAGGUUAAGGAAGAGGCCCUGCUCUCUUUGAAGAGUGAGGUGGGAGAGGAGGGGACAGAGAAAGCGGUAGACCGAGGUCCUCCUACUUCCCAGGGGCCCAAAUCCCCCAGGAUGCCCUUGUCUCGUUGGCAGAGGCGACUCCGCAGGGCUGCCCGCAAGCAGGUGUUGAGAGGGCACCUGCCCUUCUGUCGCUUCCGCCUCCGCUACCCUAGCCUGUCACCCUCCACUUUCUGGGUGUGGAAAAGCCUUUCCCAGGGAUGGCCCAGGAUGCGGGGCCCCUCUCUGGGCAAAAGGAGGCAGGAGCCAGAGGAACGGCAGGGUACAGAAGCCGUUGGGAACGUAGCGCCUGCUGUGGUUCCUCCCGCGAAAACACUCCCAGUGGUCGUUUCUCCAGAAGAUGGCCGAGGAGGGCCUCCCAGAGAGGAGGUCAUUCAACAGGUAGCUGUGGUCCAGGGCCAAGGCCACAGUGGCUCCCUGCCAAGCCAGCCUGUGGCGGUGGCAGCAGGUGGCAGCGACCGGCAGGUGCUGAUGAUGGACAUGCUCACCACCACCAAGUUCAAGGCCCAAGCCAAGCUGUUCCUGCAGAAGCGCUUCCAGUCCAAGACUUUCCCCUCCUACAAGGAGUUCCAGGCUCUCUUCCCCCUCACCGCCCGCUCCACCUACUACAUGUGGAAGCGGGCGCUCUAUGAAGGCCUCACGCUGGUUGACGGCUGA